UCACCACAAACACCCAGACACUCUCUCCUGUGUGGAUUUCCUUUCCUCCUCCCGGGAUGAUGCCCGUUCCUGCACCACCUCCUUGCACCACCUCUAAGAGGACCUCUCCUCAUGCUCCUGCUCUCCUCGUGCUCCUGCUCCUCCUGCUUCCAGCUGGGCCUGGCUGGAGUGUCAGGCUGGAGGCAGGACCUGGACCAGAGGCUGGUACAGUUACCAGGACCAGGGUUAGAGCUGGGUCUAGAGUUAGAGCUGGGUUGGAGACUUCGGAUGAGGCCGUGGCUGAAGAUAGAGCUGGUGCUACCAUCCUGUCCGUCAGCAGUGAAGGGCAGUGGGAGCCCCGGAGCUCCUCCCGUUGUGUGCCCAUUCCGGCGGGCAUGGCCCUCUGCCAGAACAUCGGCUACGCCACCAUGAGGAUGCCCAACCUGCUGGGGCACGAGUCGCCAGGCGAGGCCGUCCAGCAGAGUGCCAGCUGGCUGCCCCUGCUCGCCCGGGAGUGCCACCCCGACGCCCGCAUCUUCCUCUGCUCGCUGUUCGCACCCAUCUGUCUGGACAGGUUCGUCUCUCCGUGUCAGAGUCUGUGUGAGUCAGUGCGGGACAGCUGCGCGCCCAUCAUGGGUUGCUAUGGUUACCCCUGGCCAGAUAUCCUUCGCUGUGACCAGUUUCCUGCCAACCACCUCAUGUGUAUCUCCUCUGUCACCAACACCAGCACCAGCACAGGAGGGCGCAGAGCAGUGCCCCAGGCUAGCUGUCGAGACUGUGAGCUGGAGGAGGCCUCGUCUGCCAAGGACAUGCUGGAAACUUUCUGUAGGAGUGACUUUGUGGUGAAAUUGCGUCUCACGCAGCUAAAAUCCAGUCAGGUGAGUUUGGCCCAGUUCUCCUUGGCCUCUCGUCUGCAGGUUCUGAAGCACGGGCCUCUCCUGGGAGGACAGAUCCGCUCCCGCCUGCAGCUGUGGCUGGAGAGAGACGCCAGCUGUGUACGGAACAUGACGCGGCGUCAGCCCCGAGGCGGGACCUUCCUGGUGACGGGCACGGUGCAGGGGGAAUGGCUGGUGGUCAACAAGGCCUUUGCCUGGAACAAACACGCCAGGAACCUGAUGGCUGCAGCCCGCAAGUGGAAACAGCACCGAUGUAGAGKCUAGCAGGGGCUCUGGCUAGGAGCUGAACUUGAGGUCUGAAAUGGGUCUGAGCAGAGCURUAGGCCUAGGUGUACAGAGUCAGGGAUGUGAUUAAAACACCAUAUAACAUCAGCAGAGAGAGAGGAGGUUGUUUGGGGGAGGGUACAUUUCUAUGAUAGACUUCCUGGAUUUKAAUCACAUCCUUGGAUAGCUGGAUGUUUCAGAGAGCACCAUCCUGAGCUCAGGAGAGGACGCUGCAAAGGACAAGACCUUCUGUGUUUC